AUGGAAAACUGCUUGCAAGCCUUUGGGGCCGACGGAACCAAGAUCAAGGGUGGCGAAAAAGUGACAUCAGGCAGGCGGAAGUGGAAUAAUUGUGACAUGGCUGCAGUGUUGAACCUUCGCAUCACUCUUAAUGUCCUGCUUAAAGGCAAUCAUCCUCCCCGUUUCUUGCGCAAAAAGGCAUCAGAGUCGGCUAAAUCCGAGUGUACAGCGACACCCGAGACUUUGCUCAAGCCAAAGGCCAAGAAGACCAAGCGUGUGCGCAAGAAUCCAUCUUCCCUUACUUCUUCUCUUCAAAAGAAGCAAUGA